GAUGGCAACACUCAACUUUUGUAAUGUCACCAAUGUCACACGUCAUGUCAUCGAAUUAUGUCGCGUCAAACUUUUGAAACUGCUUAAAAUUCAAUUCAAAGAAUAAAACCAUUCCGAAGAAGUACGUUAUAAUUCCAUAUGACUAAUACUAUUGUUACAAUUUUAAAACAAUAGUAAAAUAAUUGUUGAUCUUCCACGGUUCACUACCCCAAGUGUAAUUGAUACUGCUCGACACAGUUUUCGCAAAAAUGGCUGUAAAAGGGGACAGUAUUCCUGGUAAAAAGAGUGUACUCGUGGCGUACGUGCUCUGGCUAUUUGGUGGUAUAUUCGGGGUGCACCAUUUCUAUUUACGACGGGACCGACAUGCGUUCGUGUGGUGGUCUACGUUGGGAGGGUUCGGAGUGGGCUGGCUGGGCGAGAUCUUCAGGAUCCCUCGCUAUGUGCGGGACGCGAACGAAGACCCGAAGUACAUGGAAGAGCUGGUCGGCAGAAUGAUCAGGAACAAGAAGCCACCAUUCUCCAUGAAUCGCUUCACGGGAAUGCUGAUGGUGGGCUACUCCUGGGGUCAGGUCAUGAUGCAUGCCGUGCCACCAGAUGAGUUCUAUGGCAUCAACCUCAGAUACCUCAACAUUCUCAUUCCUCUGGCUGCUAGUAUAGGUGUGUGGACGGUGGGUAACAUUGGUCGCGAACGUGGCACGCUCAAGUGGCCCCUGUUGGCGGCAUACGCGGCGUAUCCGCUGCGUUACUACGUGUACGAUGAGACGGUGUGGUUCACGCUCAUGGUGCUCGCUGCGUGUCUCGCGUUCGACUCCUUCUCGAAGGAGUGGCGCAGGACGCCGGUUAGGAGGCACUGGGUGAAACGAAUCGCCAUCUUGGGGCUGUCUGCGACCCUGUUCCUAUCCCUGUGGGCCAGCUACCUGUACUUCCACGGCACGAUCACGGACAGCGAAGGCGACGAGGUGCCCAUAUACGAGGCGAUACACCACUUCUUCACUAGCCCUUGGUGGCUAGACGUGAAGCAGUGCCUCUACGAGACGUAUCAGUACGCGCAGCACCACGGCUGGUACGAGGUGUGGAAGCAGAUCAUAGACCUGUCCGACCCACAUGGCGAACAGAACGCCUACAAGGUCCUUGGGUUGGGCCCGGACGCAAGCCAGCAAGAGAUCACGUCGACGUGGAGACGCCUGUCCCGAGAGCACCAUCCUGACAAAGUGAAGGAGCAGGCGUUGAGGCGGGCCGCACAGGAACGCUUCAUGGAGAUUCAGCAAGCAUACGAGAUCUUGUCCAACAGCAAGCACCGUCGCCACAGGAGAAACAAGAAGGACAAUUCUGAGUAAGGAGGUAGCGCUUUAACCCUUUCAAUGCCAUACGUCAUACGCGGUAAUCAUACUUAUACAAAUUCGCAGUCGCUCCGUUGUAUGAGCGUGGCGCCGAUGUCCUAAUCGCACGCCGGAGCGACGUGCGAAUUCGGAUCUAAUGUGAAGAGUUGAAGACCGCCACACAAAAAUCAUACGCCAAGAUCACGGACGCUAACUACUUAGAAAAAGCGAACGGACGUACGAGAUUAUGCGUGCUUGGCCUCCGAGGGGUUAAAAGAUCCAAUCGGAGUUUCAAUUGCAAUAAAGACUUAACAAACCAAUAGUAAUCCCAAAAUAUGACAUAUAAAGUGUUGGGUUAAGUUGCAGUCAAAAUGAAACAUUCCACAUUUUUAGGGUUCCAAGUACCUUGUUCACCGGACACUAUUGCCUUAAACUCCGAUUUGGUCGAUCCUACGAAAAUGUCACCGACUUGAAGGUUUUUUUUUUCUAUUUUACGUAGACAGUUGGAAAAACAAUCAGGUAAGCAGGUUGCUCGCUAUGACGCUUGAAGAAUUUUAAACAUAUGAAAUGAAAAACUGUUGGUUAAUCAUCAGUUAAUAUUUUGGCCGUUUUUGAAUAAUAAUGCAUUUGACAGGUUUAAAGUAUAUUUAAAUGACAAAUUGCCGCUCUCAACGGCUAUGAAUUUGGAAACCAUUUUGUAGUAGAUAUGAUAAUAUAGCGGUACGUAGGAACCUAAUGUUAUUUAUACUUCAAUGAAUUCUAGCGCUUCCAAAUAUUUUACAAUUCUUCGAAAUUUUUGCUCAAUGCUUUUUUAAAUAGCACGAAUCUUUACGGUUAGUGAUUUUAUUGCAUUUUGUUAUUUUAAUCUUUAUACAUAAUUAUACAAACGUAAAUCAUUACUAAGCAAUUUUAGAUAGUAUUUUAAGUAUUAUUUUGUAAGUAUUUCUACCGAUCUGGUUGUCUAAUCAAGUAACCACUAUUUACUUAAAGGUUGUAUAAUGAUAUUUAGUAUUAAUUUCUCAGUUUUGUGGAACCUAUUUAUUAAAGAUUUUUUAUAUAAUUUAUUAGGAAUAUAAGUUUAAAUAUAAUUUUACCUUAAACCCGGGUAAUUUUAGCCUACAUAUGGCCACUUGCAUUAUUCAGUAACCCGGGGUUAACCGGUUAAACCUGGAGUUACCAUGGUUUACUAGAACAAUUUGUAACUGGGUUAACGGUUUGACCUUUUAACCCCGGGCUAGUGGGAUGGUGCAAGUGGGCCUUACGGUUCUACCUGAUAGGACUUAUUAAGUUCGACGAAAUUUAAAUCAUUUUCGAUCGGAACAGAGUUGCCCAUGUUUAGUUCCGUUCAAUUUUCAAACAAAUCAAAAUCAACUCCAUUUCUUCCACCGUAGAUUCAAAUCUCAGUGACAAGUCUUGUAUUUUUUUUUCCUUAUAUGACUGGAUCUUGGGAGGUUGGUCCUAUCAUAAAUUAGUCCAGUCAAACAACCCUUUGAAAUAAAAUAGAAAUUAUAGUUCAGUACAUCAUGGUGUUUUCAAAAACCUAAAUCGGUAAAUAAAAUUAAUGUGUUGUUGGCAAUUAUAAUACCCUGUGGGGCUACAGUAAUCUACGAAACUACGGUGAUAAAAUUACAUUAUUGUAAGGUAAGAAAAAAAUUUAAAAUUUAAAAUGCUUUACUUAAAUGAGCCGCUUCUGAUAGUAAUAGUUUUGUAUCGCGAAACAUUGCUUAGAGAAAUAACGUAUUUAUAAUAUGUAUAAAAUGGCUAAUUAAACACUAUUGCCGUAUGUACAGUGUUGUGAAUUAUGCUCAUUUUGAGGCUUAAAGACUUCGAACCCUUAAGAAUCUCGAGGCUUAACGCCUCAAAGGCGGCAAAGGAGCAUUCCAUGAAAUUGUCUACCAUUUGUCCCGUACAAACGCGAUUUUCUGAAGAUUUGCAGGUACAAGGGUUUCCUUUUCUAUGACAAAUGGUCAAAAUUAUGCACAGAAAAAUAAUUGGCUACUUUAAAUGCCGAAAAAAAAGUCGCAACAUAGGAAAUAAAAUCCGUUUGUACGGGACAGCCCGUGGAAUGCUCCCAAAGACGAUAUCUUACAUCCAUCGAUAAAUUGUAUUGUAUUUAUUUAUCCAUCGAUAAAUAAAUACAAUUCUCAAAUAUAGUCGAGUCUUCAAGACUUACCAGUCUUGAGGGCUCGAGUCUUUAAGGCUAAAAAUAAGCUACGUAUGUAUGUAGUACAGUAAUAUUUUAGCUCGCACUCGAUCAGAGC